CAGGACAUAGAUUGGUCGUUCAUGGUUGAGUGAAUUUUUGCUUUUAACAGAAAUUUGUAUUAGGCCUUUCUAUACGUGUGUACAUUUUCUCUUAAGGCGCGUGAUAUUAAACACUAUUAUGAGCGUGGAUAUAAACGUGUAAACAAUAGUAUCAUCUUGGAUACUCUCAUGUGGAUGAGCCAGUGUGUUCUGUCAGACGUUGGGAAAUUAGUUAAGUCUUAGAGACGCUCUCUGAUUCAGACAGGAAUUGUUUCCAACAUCAAGGUAUACUGCAAGUUUAAAUAGUUAUUACUUUAUUUGAUUGAUUAAUUUUUAAAAAAAAAUGUAUUAAAAUUGUCUCUGUCAUUGUUUUUUUAUGCCAAAAUUUUUUCAACAGCUUUAGCUGGAUUUUUUUUAUUUUUUAUUUGGAAUUCACGAUUUGGAGCCAUUUGCACUUGUAAAAACAAGAAAUUCUUGAUGUCUUGUGUUAAGAUGUCUGGCGUUUGAAUAUGUGGUGAUUAGAUGUCUUAUGUUUAGGUGUCUUUGGGUUUAGGUGUCUUUGGGUUUAGGUGUCUUUGGGUUUAGGUGUCUUUGGGUUUAGGUGUCUUUGGGUUUAGGUGUCUUUGGGUUUAGGUGUCUUUGGGUUUAGGUGUCUUUGGGUUUAGGUGUCUUUGGNUUUUUAUGCCAAAAUUUUUUCAACAGCUUUAGCUGGAUUUUUUUUAUUUUUUAUUUGGAAUUCACGAUUUGGAGCCAUUUGCACUUGUAAAAACAAGAAAUUCUUGAUGUCUUGUGUUAAGAUGUCUGGCGUUUGAAUAUGUGGUGAUUAGAUGUCUUAUGUUUAGGUGUCUUUGGGUUUAGGUGUCUUUGGGUUUAGGUGUCUUUGGGUUUAGGUGUCUUUGGGUGUAGGUGUCUUUGGGUUUAGGUGUCUUUGGGUUUAGGUGUCUUUGGGGUUAGGUGUCUUUGGGUUUAGGUGUCUUUGGGUUUAUGUGUCUUUGGGUUUAGGUGUCUUUGGGUUUAGGUGUCUUUGGGUUUAGGUGUCUUUGGGUUUAGGUGUCUUUGGGUUUAGGUGUCUUUGGGUUUAGGUGUCUUUGGGUUUAGGUGUCUUUUGGUUUAGGUGUCUUUGGGUUAAGGUGUCUUUGGGUUUAGGUGUCUUUGGGUUUAGGUGUCUUUGGGUUUAGGUGUCUUUGGGUUUAGGUGUCUUUGGGUUUUGGUGUCUUUUGUUAAAUUGUUAUAGUUUUAGGUUUUAAAAUGUUUUAAUUAUAAAUGACUUUCAUAAUGACAUGAUUUGAUCUCAUCUCCAAAUGACCGUAAUAACAAAAUGGUUUGAUCUCACCUUCCUAAGACCAUAAUCAUCACAACUUGCGAUAUUCCAAGAGAUAAACACAUAAACUGUAAUUAGUUUCUUUUUCUCCGUGAGAUUGCAGUAGCAAUAUUUAACGGGAGAUCGCUGAUAAAAAAAAUUCUCAAAAUAUCGCUGAAUCAACAUAAGGACGGAGAAUUAUAACAUUUAAAUUAAAUAAAUUAUCAGCUUAUUAGUAUUAUUAUUAUUAUUAUAAGUUGUUAUAUAUAGCGUGGUGCUCCAGCCUAGGGAUAGGCUCACCACGCUGUACAUACAAUUUAACAAACAUAUUUAAAAAAAAAAUAAAAAAAAUAAAUUGAAAUACAUUAAUUAAAUGAAAGAAAACAAAUGUAUAUUUACAACUAUUUGCGAUAUAUCUGUCAUACAUAGCUCAAACACGAUACGUUGGCUACAUAUUUCAAAAUCUCCAAGAAAACAUCUUCUCCGCGAAGUGCUGGUAAUGAGAUCUUACUCCGCGAAGUGCUAUUAAUUGAGAUCUUACGUAGCUAAGUGCUAGUAUUGAGAUCUUACGUAGCUAAGUGCUAGUAUUGAGUUCUUACGUAGCUAAGAGCUAGUAUUGAGAUCUUACGUAGCUAAGUGCUAGUAUUGAGAUCUUACGUAGCUAAGUGCUAGUAUUGAGAUCUUACGUAGCUAAGUGCUAGUAUUGAGAUCUUACGUAGCUAAGUGCUAGUAUUGCGAUCUUACGUAGCUAAGUGAUAGUAUUGAGAUCUUACGUAGCUAAGUGCUAGUAUUGAGAUCUUACGUAGCUAAGUGCUAGUAUUGAGAUCUUACGUAGUUAAAUGCUAGUAUCGAGGUCUUACGUAGCUAAUUGAUAGUAUCGAGGUCUUACGUAGCUAAGUGAUAGUAUUGAGGUCUUACGUAGCUAAGUGAUAGUAUUGAGAUCUUACGUAGCUAAGUGCUAGUAUUGAGAUCUUACGUAGUUAAAUGCUAGUAUCGAGGUCUUACGUAGCUAUGUGCCAGCAGCUAACUAAGUACAUAAGCGUCUCUACGGGGAGGGGAGGCAAGACCGAAACCAAAUGAUAAAUUGCAAGUUUGACAGAGUUCUUAACAGAUAGUGAUACAAGACCAGCGUGCCACUACCAGACAGUGUUUAAACACAAGACGAAUGUGCCACUAGAAAAGGGGUCCAGAUAAAUGGCGUGGCUAGAAUUUGUGAGUGGGUCGUGAUUUAACAUUUCACAUCUCUCCCUUCUAGAGAGAAGGCGAACAGAUUAAUCGUGUAGAGUACACCCUUACAUUAGUAUGACACCCUCACAGGGGGCGACACCCAAAUGGACAAAGGCAAAUCUAACUGGGUCCAUCCCCAACCCCCCCCCCCCGUGACAGUUACAUAACGAAAUAGAAUAGAUUUCCACAAUACCAGGAUGAGUUUGCCACACCGGGUGACCAACUGCCAUUAUGUCUAUUUUCAUUGACUACAAUCAUUUGUUUGAUUUGUUGAUUCGUAAAUGUAUCCAAUGUUUGGUUUGUUCAUUCCCAAAAUGUAUCGUCUGUGUGUUUGUUCAUUCGCAAACUGGAGUCUUUGAGCUACCGUUGUCUAGUUUGAACACAUAUGUUAAGGAAUACUAUUUUUCUUUCUAAAAAAAUAACUUAAACACAGUACUACUUAUCAGCAGUUAUGCUUUACUGAAUAUAGAAUAUAUUAUACUGAUAAUUGGUCGGGGGGGGGGGGGGAGGGGCGCAGUAUUUUAGAUCUCCCCGGGGGGGUAUUUGAUCAAGGUUCACCACUGGGUUCCUUAUUUUAUUAUUUCCCUGGGGGGCCUUGAUUCUUCUUAAGGGAUCAACAGAGGCAUGCUCAGUGAACUAUUCUUAAUUAUUUUUGCGUGACCCUAUGGUGACUCUAUGAAUAUAAAUGAUGGGGUACUUAGAGAUGGCGUGACUCGCUAUAACGUAAGUGCGGAUAUACAAAUUAUGUGAACAAGAGUAACAAUGGAUACAUAAUUGUAUUUGUAUAUAUUUAUUGAUAUAGUUGUACAACACAAUCACACAUUCACUAAUAUUAGGCCAACACCACACUAACCACACGCUAUAACNGGGGGGGGGGGGGGGGGGGUGAGGGGCGCAGUAUUUUAGAUCUCCCCGGGGUGGUAUUUGAUCAAGGUUCACCACUGAGUUCAUUAUUUUAUUAUUUCACUGGGGGGCCUUGAUUCUUCUUAAGGGAUCAACAGAGGCAUGCUCAGUGAACUAUUCUUAAUUAUUUUUGCGUGACCCUAUGGUGACUCUAUGAAUAUAAAUGAUGGGGUACUUAGAGAUGGCGUGACUCGCUAUAACGUAAGUGCGGAUAUACAAAUUAUGUGAACAAGAGUAACAAUGGAUACAUAAUUGUAUUUGUAUAUAUUUAUUGAUAUAGUUGUACAACACAAUCACACAUUCACUAAUAUUAGGCCAACACCACACUAACCACACGCUAUAACAAAAAUGUGGCUGACACCAAAAUAACCACAAGAUAUAACAAAAAUGAGGCCAAUACCAAAAGAACCCGAAAUAUAACAAAAAAUGAGGCCAACGCCAAAAUAAUAACAAGAUAUAACAAAAAGUGAGGCCAAAACCAAAAUAACCACAAGAUAUAACAAAAAAUGAGGCCAACGCCAAAAUAACAACAAGAUAUAACAAAAAAUGAGGCCAACACCAAAAUAACAACAAGAUAUAACAAAAAAUGAGGCCAACACCAAAAUAACAACAAGAUAUAACAAAAAAUGAGGCCAACACCAAAAUAACAACAAGAUAUAACAAAAAAUGAGGCCAACUCCAAAAUAAACACAAGAUAUAACAAAAAAUGAGGCCAACACCAAAAUAACAACAAGAUAUAACAAAAAAUGAGGCCAACACCAAAAUAACAACAAGAUAUAACAAAAAAUGAGGCCAACACCAAAAUAACCACAAGAUAUAAUAAAAAAAAAAAGAGGCCGACAACAAAAUAACCACAAGAUUUAACACAAAUUUGUUAGUAAACAAAGUAAACUAUCUUCCUAUUUUUUUUUUUUUAAUCCCAAAGCUAUUUGCACGGAAUACGGUAAAACACAACACCAACGCGUCACUGUUAUUAUGGAUCCAAGUUAUCGCAAUAUAACCACGUGUUACUUAUCUAUAGGAGCUAUUCGCUUUUAUUAUUAAAAAAAAAAACAAAAACAUAAUGACAUUAUCAUCUGCUCUCUUAUUGUAAAACUACCUUUUAUAUAAUACUUCCAUAGGCGACCCCGGGUGGGGCAGGGGUGGCGAAGGCGCUGCUAACUAAGUGGGCUUUAUCGUUUAAAAUAAUCUUAAACCUAUUUUAUCACCCUCUUUGGUCAAAUCAUCGCCGCCCAUGGAUACUGCAAGGUGAUUUUUUUUUUUUUUUCAAACUCAUACUUUGCUAUACAAUCAGAGCCUGGCAAAGGUCAAUUACCAACACGGUGUCAGUGGAGUAUGGAAUACCUAAGGGAAAGGCUGCUUAUCGUGUGUCUAAGAGUCUAUGUAACUAGGUUAUAGAGUUCAUGCAAAGUCUGUAAACAAUUUUUCGUCCAAUACAAUACAACAUAACAAUUGUAUGAAUGUGAAUGAUGUUGGUGUAGAAGAGUAGUCAUUGCGCGCAUUGACUACAAAAUUGUGUCCCCUGCCGUACAGCUGCAUAGAAGGCGCUGUCCCUGGCGUACAGCUGCAUAGAAGGCUCUGUCCCUGCCGUACAGCUGCAUAGAAGGCUCUGUCCCUGCCGUACAGCUGCAUAGAAGGCUCUGUCCCUAGCGUACAGCUGUAUAGAAAGCUCUGUCCCUGGCGUGCAGCUGCAUAGAAUGGUAGCAUGCUGGAAACACUGGGCUGGUCGACAUUGGAAGAACGACGACGACUAUCCAGGCUCUCCAUGUUGUACAAGAUAACAAAUGGGCUGGUGCACUGCUUCGGAAUCAAACAGAAACUCGUUCAUCUUCCCCCCAGACUGCGACGAAGCCACGACAAACAGUUCCGGCUGGUAAAAACAAGAACAAAGUACAGAAGCUCCUCAUUCCUGCCGAAGACAAUAGGGGACUGGAACAAGCUUCCAAAAGCAACAGUUGAGGUGGCUACACUCGAGACAUUUGUGUCUAUUGCCUCCUGUAUUCCAACCCCCAGUUUAUAACACCACUGCUGAGUCGCCCUUGCAACCAGUGAAGUAUCCCAUUGAAACCCAUGGACAGUAACUUCGCAAACCCCUCUGAAACAUAGGAGCCAGAAUGAUCAAUUCAUUGAUCGUGGGCCCUUAAAAUAAAGAAGAAGAAGAGAAGGCUCUGUCCCUGGCGUACAGCUGCAUAGAAGGCUCUGUCCCUGCCGUACAGCUGCAUAGAAGGCUCUGUCCCUGGCGUACAGCAACAUAGAAGUCUCUGUCCCUGCCGUACAGCUGCAUAGAAGGCUCUGUCCCUGCCGUACAGCUGCAUAGAAGGCUCUGUCCCUGCCGCACAACUGCAUAGAAGGCUCUGUCCCUGCCGUGCAGCUGCAUAGAAGGCUCUGUCUCUGCCGUACAGCUGCAUAGAAGGCUCUGCACCGGAAUAUCUUAAAGAACUGAAUUAUAAACAUGUAUCCUUAAAGAACCUGCGGUCUGCAACACAGUCCCUACUUGAGAGUUCCCAGUGUGGAUGGAGACAGAAAGAAGUCAUACGGAGUGCGUUUUUUUUUAAGCGAAAGCGCCAAAAUUAUGGAACAGUUUGCAUCAAUCUUUUUGAGGGAAAUUGGAAAUGAUAAAAAAAUCAUAAAAGAAACAUUUAAAGACUUUAUUUUAUUUAAUUAGAUUAUUAAGAACACCAGAACGCUGUGAGCAUGCUAAAGUGGCUUGGAUACAAGCACUACAUAAAUAUUCAAGUCCAUUCAAGGGCGUGCGGAGGUUGCUGUCCGCCCUGGGUGUCACUUUGUACUUAUAUUUAAGUGUGACAUUUAAGACCCACUGUUUCCAUAUAUGAACAGCUAGUAGGCCCUACUAUUCUUUCACAAGUCUUCGUGCCGUUCGUUGCCAGACAAAUUUCGCUUAGCAAUCAUCUUUACAAUGACGCAAUUCGUCGUUGUCAAAAUAAUACAGGCUGACAACGCAUUCAGCGAAAUGGCCGCUUGCACCCGUUGGCCUACGUACAAGGCCUCGUCUACUGGCCCGCCAGUUUCAUAGCAAGCAAAUAUUGACUCAGUUUGAAGGCUGUUUGACGUCAGGUGAUGUAUUUAAAUAAGCAAAUAUUGACAUAGAAUUCAUUUGAUCCUUUUUCCCAUUCCAAGUCAGCUCCCGUGGCAGCGAGCAAUGACUUGCAUUCAAAUAUACUUGAAACUUGAACACAAUAUAAAAUUGAAUAUUUAUAAACUGUUAAACACGUUGGGAUAACAUUUUAGUUUAGUUCAAUGAUUCGUGCUUGUAUUUUGUGCGUUCGAUUUUUUUGUAAAUAUGUUUUUUUUUUCUAAUUUAUCAUGCUUCGUCAGAAUUUUUCUGAACUCGACUCUAAGAAAAAUUUCUGAUUGCAUAACAGUUCGAAAAAAGUACUUAUAAAAUAAAUGCUGUGCCUUUGAAACAGCUUACAUAAUUUUUUUGAACCGCAUUGAAAUCCAGCAUUAAGCAGAACCUCGUCCCUCUCCCCCCUAGACAGCGACAGGGUCACGACAGGCAGUUCUGGCUAAUAGAAGCAAGAACUCAGUACAGGAGCUCCUCAUUCCUGCCAAAGAAAAUAAGGGACUGGAACAAGCUUCCAAAAGCAACAGCUGAGGCGACUAAACUUGAUAGAUUUGCGUCUAUUGCCUCCUGUCUUCAAACUCCCAAUGUCUACCGCUGCUGAGUAGCCCUUGCAACCAGUGAAGUAGCCCUUGCAACCAGUGAAGUAGCCCUUGCAACCAGUGAAGGAUCCCUUUCAAAACCAUGCACAGCUACAUCGCGAACCACUCUGAAACACAAGAGCCACAAUGAUCAAUUCAUGGAGCGUGUGCCCUCAAAAUAUAGAAGGAGGACAAGAAGAAUCUUAAUUUAGAACCCCAGGUCUGGGAUUGAUCCUUUCUAACACUUAACACAUAUUCAUUUCUAUCUCACUUCCACCUUUGAACAACGAACUCCAUCCAUUUUGAUGAAUAAAACAGACAGACAUCCUUGGCGUUGGGCGUGUCUGUUAAAGUUUGUGUAGUUUAAAUAUCCGAUGCGAUUUUAAAAAUAAAAGUGUGCUUUGGAGCAUUUCUUGGUGUUGAAAGAAUAUUAUCACUCCAACAACAUAGCUAUGAUAUAAAUUACUAGGGCUUAACUGGGUGCAGUAGUUGUAUUUGUACACAGUGUCCGGGUACUUUUGAAAAAAACGCUACAGUCCUACACCCAACCUGCCGGGCUUUAAACAAUAGGCCUACAUACAGUAAUAAAGACAGUCCUACUGGCAGUCCUACUGGCAGUCCUACUGACAGUCCUACUGACAGUCCUACUGGCAGUCCUACUGGCAGUCCUACAUCAUAUCCUUUGAUCUUUCUUGAUUUAUUUAAUAGUCACCUACCCCUUUUGAAACUUUGUUUACCGGAGUUCAUACGUCACGCAUGACAGCAUGUUUUGCCCUGUCAGUACUACUAAUACAAAAUACGUGGAGUUUGGGGGAUUGCAGUUUCGAAAAGGAAGCAGGACACACCAGAAGCAAAGUAUGUAUACAAAAUUAGUAGGUCAAAGCAGAUUUCCUUGAUUGGGUGAAAGAAUACAAAUUAACACAAUUUAAUUUCAGUCAGACUAAUAUUCUUCAGCUCUAGGAAUACAAAAUUUAUGAUUGUCUAGGAGUUGUUUCUUAAAGCCCUUAAAUACUUAAUUUUGAAAUCGAUAAUUGCAACCAAAGAAAUGUUCAAGUUGAUCAAGCAUUCAAUACACCCGAAUGCUUUCAGAGAUUUAAGUUUCCCCCAAUAUUUCAGACGGGAAAUAGUGUUAUUGACAGACGGGAAAUAGUGUUAUUGACAGACGGGAAAUAGUGUUAUGGACAGACGGGAAAUAGUGUUAUGGACAGACGGGAAAUAGUGUUAUUGACAGACGGGAAAUAGUGUUAUUGACAGACGGGAAAUAGUGUUAUUGACAGACGGGAAAUAGUGUUAUGGACAGACGGGAAAUAGUGUUAUGGACAGACGGGAAAUAAUGUUAUUGACAGACGGGAAAUAGUGUUAUUGACAAACGGGAAAUAGUGUUAUUGACAGACGGGAAACAGGGCUAUUGACAGAUGGGAAAUGUUGUUAUUGACAGACGUUUCUUAACGCUUAUUCUUCUGCAUGACCCACAGUACGUGCAUCUUUUCACAUCAUUAUCUACAGUUAUAAUUGAGGAACAAAUAAUCACGGCGUAUUUCGAUCUGGGCUAUAAGUUUAAAAUAAGAAAUUAACACAUCUAACACAUCAAAACGCUUCAGCCCUACGGGAUAAAAACCAUUAAUGAAACAGUUCACGUCAAUACAAAUAUCGUGUGUUCAUUUCAAAGGAAAUUAUCUAAGAUUUUGAGAAAUGUAUUACAAUAUUUUUAACGUAAUUAAAAUAUUUCGAUCGCGUCAUUCCUUUCUCUUCAAUAAAACCUCAGUGAUACACAACGGACUGAAACAUCUAACUUCAACAAAAUGAUUCCUGGCCUAUAUCUCUGGUUUAGAAAUGGUACAGUUUAAGAAAGACGUAUAUUAACCCCCCCCCCCCCCCCCCCCACCCCGGGGGAAAAAAACUCAGUGAUACACAACGGACUGAAACAUCUAACUUCAACAAAAUGAUUCCUGGCCUAUAUCUCUGGUUUAGAAAUGGUACAGUUUAAGAAAGACGUAUAUUAACCCCCCCCCCCCCACGAACCCCGGGGGAAAAAACGGUCGCGUUUAAGGGAUACAUAUAUUUUACAAGAUACGGUACACUUUAAGGCUGAGAUAUAUUUAACAAAAACGGUAGAGUUUAAGAGGGACAUAUAUUUAACAACAACAACAAAAAACGUAGAGUUAAAUAAAUUUAACACAAAAAAAAUGUGGAGUUUAAGGGCCAAAGAUAUUUAACAGAAAUAACCGUAUAGUUUAAGAGGGACGUAUAUUUAACAAACAUUUAAAAAAAAACGCAGAGUUUAAGAGAGACAUGUAUUUUACAAAAGACUCGAGACAAGUUAGUCGUUGACACCCAGUGAUCGAUAUCUGCGUGCAUUUAUGUAGAAAGCCAGGUCAGAGGUCGCAACGACAUCACAUUAAUCAAGGUAUGUACAGCGGGAAGCAAAGAACGCUAUCAGGCUUGAUUAAUGCGGGAACAAACUUUAAGACAUUCACUGCACCAGGCGGCGGCAGACGGAGGCCACCAAGACUAGAAGUGUAAGCUAAAUUAAAUGUUCUACUGGGGGAAUUGGGAAUCAAAAUAUAAAAUGUUUUAUUGCCGGCUAUAGUGUAGGAUUGUGAUAUUUAGUCGCUUUUCGUGGCGUGUUUGUAUUGAUUGGCAGCAUUAACGAAAAUUCUGGUAAGUGCAUUAAGUUAGAUCUAGCACUGUUUAAUGUCACUGUAAAAUAUUUUUCGUCGUCUUAAAACUGAGGUCUGAGUUAAUGAAUUGUGUAUCGCACCAAUAUUUUUAGUUUAUCUUUUAAGCAUGGAAGAUAAUGUAAUUAUUAGAUUGAUUGUGAUUGACUCAUUUGCUUUUAAGUUAAAAUAGCAAACUCAUUAAUUUACAAAAUAAACAAACCAAUAACCUAAAUCAGUCUGUGUUUCCUUUAGUUAUAGAAAAAAAAAAUUUUGCAUUCUCAAAUAAACGGAACAAAAUUACAAUUCGUAACCUCCUUGAGUUUCGAUUGUUGACCAACGGAUUACAAAAAGGUAAAAAAAACAAACCAUUCUUUUACGUUAGAAUAUUUUGUGAGAGAGUGAAAACGUGUUUAAAUUACUGCGCGGUUUCGUUAUCUCGUGGGAGUUUUGACAGUUCAAUGUUGACAAGUGAAUUAAGAGUUUUGAUGAAUGAGCUUUGUGGAGGGAAUGGAGUCUUUUUCUUUUUUUUUUUUUUUUUUUUUUGAACCAACUCACGUCAUAGGAUGAAUGGGGCGGCUGAGAAAUGGCCGGAACAUUGUCAAAUUAUACAUUUUUAUAAUAACGUAUAAAAUUUGUAAAAAGUUAUACAUACGUAUAAGAGCUUAUAUAUACUUAUGAGAACUUAUACAUACUUAUGAGAAAUUAUGCAUGUUCAUUGUGUAUGAUUUUGGACAAAAAGAACUAUAUGACUCUGGAUAAAAUACAUAAUAUAAUAAGACGUCGUGGUUUGUUUGCUCGUGGUGUUUGUCGUUAGAUCGAUAUCAGAAUUGAAGUGGAUUCAAUGGAUAUUUUCAUGUAGGAUGUUUAAAAAAUUAUCCGUGGUUCAAAAUAGUAGGCUGAGUAAUUCCAUCGAUGAUAAAAUGGCUUCAUGAGUGGUUUACUAGAUAAUUGGAUGGUUUGAUGAGUGGUUUACUACAUAAUUUGGAUGGUUUGAUGAGCGUUUUAUUAGAUAAUUUGAUGGUUUGAUGAGUGGUUUACUAGAUAAUUGGAUGGUUUGAUGAGUGGUUUAUUAGAUAAUUUGAUGGUUUGAUGAGUGGUUUACUAGAUAAUUGGAUGGUUUGAUGAGUGGUUUAUUAGAUAAUUUGAUGGUUUGAUGAGUGGUUUACUAGAUAAUUGGAUGGUUUGAUGAGUGGUUUAUUAGAUAAUUUGAUGGUUUGAUGAGUGGUUUACUAGAUAAUUGGAUGGUUUGAUGAGUGGUUUAUUAGAUAAUUUGAUGGUUUGAUGAGUGGUUUACUAGAUAAUUGGAUGGUUUGAUGAGAUUUUCCAUGAACGAUGCAUUGAUUAGAUAACUGAUAUUAUCGAUCUCCAUGUACACUCAUGGCUAAGUGAAUUAUAAUUUAAAAUAUUGAUACAUUUUUCAAUGAAUAAAAUUAGAGCUACAAGCAACGGUACUCUUGGGGAAAGACAAUCGACUCUGAUAAUAUUCCAUAUUUCAAGGAACACGACUUCCAAAAUUGAAUCUACCGGUAUUUCUUUCUUAUCUCUUAUAAAUAUGUUGCUUCUGGUGUGUCCUGCUUCCUUUUCGAAACCACCCUCAUCCCAUCUCCACAUGUUUUAUAUUAAUAGUACUGAGUGGAAGAAAAAGGAUAUCGUGCGUGACGUGUGAAUUUAGGUGCUUCAUUUUAUCUUUAAGGGAAUGCGACUAUUAUAUUAAUCAAUAAAGAGCCACAGGUCUGGUGUACGGCUGUCUGCAGGUAUAUUGUUUAAUGGCCGGCAGGUAAGUGUUGGACUACCUGUAGGACUAUUGUUUAAAGACUAUUGUUUUAACUCUUCGACGCACCGGGUUUUUUCUUUUAAUAGUACCCGGACCCAUUUUAAAAAAAACAACAACCUGCACCUGGUAAAGACCUAGUACAAAAUACUUGUUGCAGCGAGUUUUCGCAAAAUUCUUAAGGAAAUUUUCCCCCAUUCUUAAAAAAAAAAUCGUGUUACAAUCAUGGUAUGGAUUCUUGGUGCAAAAGGAGUUACGUAUGACAUUGCUUGAUUAAGAAAACCACCACACCGACCGGUCCAACACGAGUGCUCACUCGCAGUUUCAACCAUUGGCACCGCACACAGAGGAAAUGACGUCACAGCCCGGUCGUUCAUUGUCAGCCGCUGGCCGGUGCAUGAAUGGUGCCGACCAAAAACAUAGUUUGAUAAAUAACUUGACCCUGCGUGGGUAGUGAUCGACCCGAUGGAUGAAAUCAAUAGCAAUGCGUGCGAGAGAAAAGAUCGAAUGAUCCUUUAUUAAUGAGAGGAAAAAAAUAAUUUUUUUUUGUGAAGUCAUUCUUGGACAUAAUAAUUUGUGUACAGUUAGGUAGCUUUAGACUUAGUUCCCUAUCAAUUUAUAUUUCUAAUUAUCAUUUUUUUUUAAAACUUAUUUCUUUGAAAAAAAUUGAUAUAACUUUUACUUAGAAACAUAUCAUCAAAACUGGGAGCAUGUCAACUGUUUUUAAGAAUGACGUCAAUGCGUAUCUCAGUAAGUCGUCAACUUGGAAUACCACCCCACCCCCAAACACCCCCCCCCCAAUCCCCAAUUUAUUUUUAAAAUGUUUCUGUUUUCCGAUUUCACAAAAUUUAAACCAUUGUAAAUAGUUGGACAAUUUCUCACAACAAACGUAUUGAACAUAAACGAGGCUUUGCAUUAAAAUCUAUUUCGUACAUAAUUAUACAUUUCAUUUUUCAAUUAACUGAAAAGCUGAUUAAAUUGAAUAAUGAUUUUGUCAUUGGUUAGUUCACAAACCCCACCCCACCCCAACUCCAAAAAAAAAAAAAAAAAAUGAACAUAAACGAGGCUUUGCAUUAAAAUCUAUUUCGUACAUAAUUAUACAUUUCAUUUUUCAAUUAACUGAAAAGCUGAUUAAAUUGAAUAAUGAUUUUGUCAUUGGUUAGUUCACAAUAUUUCCCCCCACCACAAAAAAAAAAAAAAAAAAAAAAAAAAAAAAAAAAAAAAAAAAAAAAAAAAUAAAAAUAUAAAAAAAAAAAAAAAACAAAAAAAAAAAAAAAAAAAACAACUUAAAUAUUAAUUGAAUGUAAAUCAUAUUUUUUAAAAUGCUAAUUUCGAUAAUCAAAUAUGGAGAGCGAGCCAUUAUUUAGAUACUCAAAUAAGUAGAGCAAUAAUUUGUUUCGAUACCUCAAAUAAAGAGAUAAUCCAUUGUUUUGAUACUCAGAAAUUGAGAGAAAUCCAUUGUUUUGAUACUCAGAUAUGGAGAUAACUCCAUUGUUUCGAUACUCAGAUGUAGAGAGAAAUCUAUUGUUUUGAUACUCAGAUAUGGAGAUAAAUCCAUUGUUUCGAAAGAUCAUAACUACUGUAAAAGUUACUAUUGAGACAUGUAACUGUCUGGAUUAUCUGGUUACAGUUGAAUAAUUGCACUUUGCAGAAACUACUGACAGAUCUUCAGCAUAAAGUUAACCAUUUAAUCUGAUAGAAUGCUGUGGUUGACUGUGAGCUGACAGAUCUACAGCAUAAAGUUAACCAUUUAACCUGAUAGAAUGCUGUGGUUGACUGUGAGCUGACUGAUCUACAGCAUAAAGUUAACCAUUUAAUCUGAUAGAAUGCUGUGGUUGACUGUGAGCUGACAGAUCUACAGCAUAAAGUUAUCCAUUUAAUCUGAUAGAAUGCUGUGGUUGACUGUGAGCUGACAGAUCUACAUCAUAAAGUUAACCAUUUAACCUGAUAGAAUGCUGUGGUUGACUGUGAGAUGACAGAUCUACAGCAUAAAGUUAACCAUUUAACCUGAUAGAAUGCUGUGGUUGACUGUAAGAUGACAGAUCUACAGCAUAAAGUUAACCAUUUAACCUGAUAGAAUGCUGUGGUUGACUGUGAGAUGACAGAUCUACAGCAUAAAGUUAACCAUUUAACCUGAUAGAAUGCUGUGGUUGACUGUGAGAUGACAGAUCUACAGCAUAAAGUUAACCAUUUAACCUGAUAGAAUGCUGUGGUUGACUGUGAGAUGACAGAUCUACAGCAUAGAGUUAACCAUUUAACCUGAUAGAAUGCUGUGGUUGACUGUGAGGUGGAGACAUUUAAAUACUAAUUAUAUUAUUCAUUUAAAAUGAUACAAACUGGGGAGAGUGGAGGAAAGCCAUUAGGGUAAUUUUUACACCUUUGUCUAUGGGAUAGCCAAUCAACAGCCAUCAUUAAAUCACAACCUAUUCUGGCUGUAUUCAUCAGACUUUUGUGGUUGUGUUAUCUUUUCUCAGGGAUUACAUCCUGCUCAUGGAAAAGCUGCCCCACUGGAUGACCAAUCAUUUUCACGCGCCUACCGGCAACCCUAAAAGUUGGGGCCCAAAAUGUCUAGGUAGUACGUCAUCUGACCAUGAAGCCCCAAGACAUACGCUAAAUGAUCAUGACGCCCUAAGGCUUGUGUGAUAGACACGCAACCAUUAAGUGCUUGUGUGGUAGGAACGUUACCAUUGAGUGCUUGUGAGGUAGGCACCCUACCAUUGUGUCUUGUGUGGUAGACACACUAUAACUGAGACUUGUAAAGUUAGGCAGGCUACCACUGAGUCUUGUAAGGUUAGGCAGGCUACCACUGAGUCUUGUACAGUUAGGCAGGCUACCACUGAGUCUUGUAAGGUUAGGCAGGCUACCACUGAGUCUUGUAAAGUUAGGCAGGCUACCACUGAGUCUUGUAAAGUUAGGCAGGCUACCACUGAGUCUUGUAAAGUUAGGCAGGCUACCACUGAGUAUAGUAAGGAUAGACAGGCUACCAAAACUGAGACUUGUAAAGUUAGGCAGGCUACCACUGAGUCUUGUAAGGUUAGGCAGGCUACCACUGAGUCGUGUACAGUUAGGCAGGCUACCACUGAGUCUUGUAAGGUUAGGCAGGCUACCACUGAGUCUUGUAAAGUUAGGCAGGCUACCACUGAGUAUUCUAAAGUUAGGCAGGCUACCACUGAGUCUUGUAAGGUUAGGCAGGCAACCACUGAGUCUUGUAAAGUUAGGCAGGCUACCACUGAGUCUUGUAAAGUUAGGCAGGCUACCACUGAGUCUUGUACAGUUAGGCAGGCUACCACUGAGUCUUGUAAGGUUAGGCAGGCUACCACUGAGUCUUGUAAAGUUAGGCAGGCUACCACUGAGUCUUGUAAGGUUAGGCAGGCUACCACUGAGUCUUGUAAAGUUAGGCAGGCUACCCCCUAGCUCUUGGUAUCAUUUCUAAAUGGGGGACGUGAAGCUCACGGUGUAGACAGAACUAAGGGAGAUAAAGAAACCAACAUGGUGAUUUAAAUCAAAAACAAUGAUCGAGAUUGAUCCGAUCUGUGCAAAUUUUAAUUACAUCUUUCCCUCGCUAAGUCAAUUUGGCAAAGAGUAAUCUCCCUUUUUCACAUGAUAAUCAGAGAUUUUCACAUGAUAAUCUCACUUUUUCACAUGAUAAUCUCAGUUUUUCACACACUAAUCCCUCUUAUUUAUAUUAUCAUCUCACUUUUUCACACAUUAAUCCCUCUUAGUCACAUUAUAAUCUCACUUUUCACAUAUUAAUUCCUCUUUUUUUUAACAUGAUAAUCUCGCUUUCUCACAUGCUAAUCCCUAUCAUUCACACGAUAAUCCCACUUUCUCACACACGUAUCUCUCUUGUUCACACGCUAAUCCCAGUUUACGGUUACCAUCGAAUAUUUCGGACCACAUUUUGAGACAAUAACCAGCACAACACCACUCCACUGCGCAUGUCAAGUUCCAUUACGUAAAAGUUUUCAAUCAUUUCUUCGCAACAUAUUGUAUUUCGCCUCUAGACUCUUGUAACAUUGUUUUAUUGAUUGAUCGCUCGCUUGUGACGUCUCACUGGACCGUGUCCCCUCGAGAAAGAGUUUUGAGUAAAAGGCGUUGUUGAACAGCCACGGUUCAGUAAGACACAAUUGUUUUCAUAUUGUCGUUCAUGAAAAUGAAUUAUUUACCUACCUUCCAGGGGGGAAGAAAAAAAUCAAAAUUUGUUUUCACUCGCAUUCACGUCAUAAAUAUAAAAUCCGAAUGUUUUAGAAAUGUGUGUAACUUCUAAGAGCCGCUGUCAUGACGAGGGUUGGUACGUUUUAAAUACGACUCAAACUACAAAGAAGGGGAUUUGGGAUAAUCUUAAACAAAUUCUGACUAAUAAGCAAGACAGGUAAGUAAUGUUGUUUUUUUUUUUUUUUUGAGAACUCGAGAUGACGAUUUUAUGUUAAUAAGCAAGACAGGUAAGUAAUGUUGUUUUUUUUUUUUUGAGAACUCGAGAUGACGAUUUUAUGUUCUGAGAUGUAAUAAAUGUGUCUAUGUAAAGUAGAAUGUAGAUUAUAAGAAGAGAGCCUCAGCAGAAAGCUAAUUUGUUCAAUUGUUGAAUCACAAUUGUCUUUAGGUCAUAGGACAAUGAUUAUUAAUUUAAAAAAAAAAUAAAUGUAAAUAUAACAAUUUACUCCACAAGUUGGUGUGAGGCUGUGUGUUGGUCGGUGCGAUCGUCGGUGUCUGUUUUCAUGUUUUGCGUCCGUGUAUCGUUGUGUGUUUCUUUGUGUGUAUUUAUAUGUGUGUUUCUGAGUGUGUUUCUGUGUGUGUUUUUAUAUGUGUGUUUAUGUGUGUGUUUAUGUGUGUGUUUCUGUCUGUGUUUCUGUCUGUGUUUCUGUGUGUUUUUGUGUGUAUUUUAUAUGUCUGUUUCUAAGUGUGUUUAUGUGUGUGUUUCUGUGUGUGUUUUAUGUGUGUUUCUAUGUGUUUUUCUUUGUGUUUUUCUAUGAGGGUUUCUGUGUGUUUCUAAGUGUGUUUCUGUGUGUAUUUUUAUUUGUGUGUUUCUAUGUGUGUUUUUAUGUAUGUUUCUAUGUGUUUUUUCUAUGUUAUUUUUAUAUGUGUGUUUUUGUGUAUGUUUCUGUGUGUUUCUGAGUGUGCUUCUAUAUGUGUCUUUAUGUGUGUGUUUUUAUGUGUGUUUCUGUGUGUGUUUCUGUAUGUGCUUCUGUGUGUGUUUCUGUGUAUGUUUCUGAGUUUUCCUGUGUAUGUUUCUGUGUGUAUUUUUAUAUGUGUGUUUCUACGUGUUUCUAUGUGUAUUUCUGUAUGUGUUUCUAUGUGUGUUUAUGUGUGUUUCUGUGUGUUUCUGUGUGUGUUUCUAAUGUGUGUUUUUAUGUGUGUUUCUAUGUGUGUUUCUGUAUGUGUUUCUAUGUGUGUUUUAUGUGUGUUUCUGUGUGUUUUUAUGUGUGUUUUAUAUGUGUGUUUCUUUGUGUGUUUUUAUGUGUGUUUUUAUAUUUUUGUUCCGAAGUGUUUUUCCACGUGUGUUUCCAGGUGCUAUUUAUGUUUAAAAGGGAAAGUGUUCUAUUUUGGUUUAUCGUUCCUGUUUUCACCUAGAUGUGUUACUUUUAUUCAAGAAAAUAUAUUUUAUAAAAAAAUUAAGUCUAGUAAAAUGAAUAUGCCAUGUUGAAACACACACAGUGUCCAUCUCACUAAACCUGACAUACCAUUACCUCACUCAUCUAUAUAAAAUAGUCACAGACUUCAUACCCUAACACAUAAAAUAGACCCACACGACAAGCGUUCCACUAGCUACUCAUUCAACAGAUCUGACCAACUUCCUAACACAAAAGUCUUCAUAAAAAUGAUUCACCCACAAUGUUUGCUGACAAAAAAAGUUUUAAAAAGGUCCCAUACACAAACGCUCCACCCAGAAUAUUUAUACACACAAUAGUUCCACACAUGGAUAACACAUAAUACAGAAAAGACCCAUGGGGUUAGAAAAAUCAACACUCCAUUUUAAACAACUUCAUUCUUUCACUUGUUAUCGCGAUGAUUGAUCAGAGUGCAUUGGUAAUCAUCGGGCCUUCAAUGGACCACUUUGACAUUCCAAUGAAAUGUAUUGAUCGAUUUAGAAAACUCCAAUACAUUGCUACAACCGACUCGUAAUACUCAGAGACGGUUUUAUCAUGGGACAAGUUGAUCGACGUGUCCAGGGCCCUCGAUACUCGGAGUCGGUUCUGUAAUGGGACAAGUUGAUCGACGUUUCCAGGGCCCUCGAUACUCGGAGUCGGUUCUGUAAUGAUGGGACAAGUUGAUCGACGUGUCCAAGGCCCUCGAUACUCGGAGUCGGUUCUGUAAUGGGACAAGUUGAUCGACGUGUCAAGGGCCCUCGAUACACGGACUCGGUUCUGAAAUGGGACAAGUUGAUCGACGUGUCCAGGGCUCUCGAUACUCGGAGUCGGUUCUGUAAUGGGACAAGUUGAUCGACGUGUCCAGGGCCCUCGAUACUCGGAGUUGGUUCUAUAAUGGGACAAGUUGAUUGACGUUUCCAGGGCCCUCGAUACACGGACUCGGUUCUGAAAUGGGAAAAGUUGAUCAACGUAUCCAGGGCCCUCGAUACUCAGAGAGAGUCGUUUCUAUAAUGGGACAAGAUGAUCAACGUGUCCAGGGUCCUCGAUACUACGGGAGCAUUGCAGGACCGUCGUAAGCAGAUGCUGUGCCACCAGGACUAAUUCCUCUUCCCCAAAAAGUAUACAUUAACAGUUCAAAUAUUUAGCAUUAAAAAUUGCGAUUUUGGCAGCCUGAGAAGGUAACGCCCGUGGUGGAGGCCGACUCCCCUCUUGGUACGGCCCUGCUAAAGGGUUUCAGACCUGGGUUUAUAGUUUGGCAUCUUCGCAGACAGUGUUGUGUUUUGUGUCUAUCUGUUUAUUGUCUAUGUGUUUUGUAUCUAUGUUUUUUGUCUAUGUUUUUUGUUUCUAUGUGUUAUGUUUCUAUAUGCUUUGUGUCUAUGUGUCAAAUAUCUAUAUGAAGACUUUGAUCAAAUAAUUAUACAGCUUGAGGUUGAAUUCAUUCCUGAUUUUAAGUGACAAUUCUGUUUAAAAAAAUUAUUUUAAAAUGAUUUUAUGAUUGAACCGGUCAAAGAAAAUUGAACUUUAAGUGGUGUAUCACGAAAAAAAAAUAAAAUAAAAUAAAAUAAACCUCACUCAGAAAUACUGUCUUACUUGGUGACUGUCUUAGUGACUGUCUGAGUGGCUGUCUUAGUGACUGUCUGAGUGAAUGUCUUAGUGACUGCCUGAGUGACUGUCUUAGUGACUGUAUUAGAGACUUUCUUAGUGACUGUAUUAGUGACUGUCUUAAUGACUGUCUUAGUGACUGUCUUAGUGAAUGUCUUAGUGACUGUCUUAGUGACUGUCUGAGUGACUGUCUGAGUGACUGUCUUAUUGACUGUCUUAGUGAAUGUAUUAGAGACUGUCUUAGUGACUGUCUUAGUGACUGUCUGAGUGACUGUCUGAGUGACUGUCUUAGUGACUGUCUUAGUGACUGUCUGAGUGACUGUCUUAGUGACUGUCUGAGUGACUGUCUUAGUGACUGUAUUAGAGACUGUCUUAGUGACUGUCUGAGUGACUGUCUUAGUGACUGUAUUAGAGACUGUCUUAGUGACUGUCUUAGUGACUGUCUUAGUGACUGUCUGAGUGACUGUCUUAUUGACUAGGUUUCUGCCUUGGAAUUCAAGUCUUAUAAUGCUGCGAGAACAGGACUCGAAAUAUUUUGACACAAAAUUAGGCUACCACUGCACUCCUGUUUCGUAACCAUUGAAUACCAACCUUUUCAUGACGCCAUGAAUGGAGCACUAGGGUCAAUCCCUGAUCACUGUCUUAAGGAUGCAACCAACUCUGUUUGGAACCUGAUAUUCAUUUGUAUCAGAGCUAAUUUGAGUUUUGUCUUAUAUCUGCGCCAAACCCCCCCCCCCCACCCCCCUCCAUUUUUCUUUAAAAUAAGUAAAGUGAAAUCCUCUUCUCGACUCAUUUGCAUCCGGGGAGACCCGAAUGACGUGGGUUUGUGAAAUUUUUGACUGGCCUUUAUCUCAUUUUGGGGCUUGUGACUCGACUCUUUAACCAUUUUAGGUUGACGUGACCAACUGCGCGAUGAGCUCCUACCGUCCCCCCUUCACAACGUGCUCCAAAUGGAGACUCGCGUCCGAAUACGUGAGAAGAGAACGUUCCACAUAAUGUCUACAUUAAUCAUUUGAGUACCAUGGGCUUACUGGCAAACUAUAAUCUCUAAGUGUGCACAAUUAUGCCACUGUAAUCCUUAAAUAUGUCUACACUUGCUACGUGCUUACGGGCUACGUCAUCGGGUCUACAUACAGAUCAAAGAAAUGCGGACAAUUGGGCGUUUGAUCUAAGUGCUUGGUUUGUUCAUAUCGAUUUCGUCACGCAUCGAUUCUUCAAACUUUUAACUUCAUAUAUUCUCGUUUGAAUUAUAGCUUGCUGGAAGCUUGCAAAAUAAUUAAAGUAUCGAUGCCAUUACUUAAAUCGAUUCGUAAAUAAAUCAAGUAAUUCUUUCAUGGUAUUUCGGUGCCUAAAUAUGGAUUACGUUUUCUUUGAUGAAAAAUUAAAAUGCGAAAGAAAACAAUAAUGUCAAAAAAUGAAAAGAAAAAAAAAGUUUUUUUUAAGUAAAUUAUUUAAUAUGAGUUAUAACAAUCACACGACUCCACUCACCAGUUUCAUUUUCAAACUAAUAAAAUAUAUAUUUUUUUAAACUCCUUCAAUAAAUCGAGAAAUGAGUUAGUUAGGGUUGGAAAAACAAUAGAACGUGGUCCUCAAAUUGAAUUUUUCCACCUCGAAUAUGAAAACUCUAAAUGUUGGUUUAAAAAAAAUCAAAACUAUUUUCUUUUUUUUAAUAUAAAUCCACUGAUUUUUAAAAAAAAAAUAUUUUAUCCACGCUUCCUCCAGGAUUGGUUUGAUAUCUCUCUGCAUUUCUCUGGCUUUUUCCUCAAGAAAUUUAGGUAACACUAAAAAACAUUUGGCAAAGUCCAACAUUAAAUCUUCUGUUCCUUUCACGUGGCGGCGCAACCACACAAACACACAAACUCUCACACAUACACACUAACUAACUAACACACAUAUACGGGUGAAGAGGAAUGCCUCUCUUAAGACCCAGGCUAUCGAGCGAAAACUAUUUACAAAGAUUCGCUGCCGAUGACAAUUCUAUCAAACUUUCAGCCCCACCACUAGCCGGUACCCCCCCUCCCCCACGAAAAAAAAAAAUCCGUAUCUCCUAUUUUUAAGGGAUAUGUGGACGAAAUAUGAUUUUAGCCAAUAAAAUUCCCGACAACAGUGCUAUAUGGGAAUACCUUUAAAAAACAACGGCAAGUUCGUUUGGUGCGUAACAUUUUCUUUUGUUUUUUGUAAAAUUGUUUGUGAAAUAAAAUCUGCGGUGUAAAGGCGAGUGGGACAUUUGGAUCUUAAAAUAGUUCAGUGACGUGAAGAAAAUGUGCAGUUAUGAGCCUUGAGGGAGGAAGCACUCAUUGGGAUUCUGAUCAAGUGCGUUACUUGUAUGCAUGUUUUGUCCAAUGUUCAGCCCCAAAUUUCAAUAUAGACACGUUUUCAAAUGUCAAUUUCAGAUAGAGUCCCUACGCAUUUGACGCGAAUCUUCCCCUGUGUUCAGAAUGUCGUCAACUGACGUCACACUGGAGUCCAAAUCCCACCUGUCGAUGACGCCAUCGACCGUCUCCUCCAGCACGUCGUUGCCGUCCAGUUGGGCCGGGUCACUGACACGUCAGCCCAACGACCUGAGCUACAUGCACAGGCCGCCCCGGAUCAUGCCCAACUACGGCAAGAAGUUCAAAGACGUGGUCCGGCUGAAGACGAGUAUGCACAAGGUCCUGCUCUACGACAACGCCACGGAGCAGUCGGUAGGUGGGAGAUCGACAAUGUUUACCAAUGUUGGCUAUGUUUGUGAGUUAUCCCUCGGUGUCCCUAUGGUUUAUGACUUACUAUGGACAUAACAAUUAUGUCCGAAUUUACCUUGUCCAUAACUUCGAAUUUUUGCAAAAAUAUUAUUGUACUUGGACUUAACCAGAAGCGGGUUGUUGUUUUUUUUUCACAUCGGGUCCAGGUAUUUUGAGAAAAUAUCCGCUGGGUCCUAGUAUAACAAAAAAAGAAAAGAGUUACCUUUUCAUUUUCUAUAAUAUAUGCCGGCGAAUAAACAAUAGGCAUGCAGACAGACCUAAACACUACCUGCCGGCAUUUAAACAAUAGUCCUACAGGCAGUCCUACCAGCCUUUAAACAAUAGCAUGCAGAAGUCCUACACUGCUACACCCUACCCGUGGCUUUUUAUUGAUUAAUAUAAUAUUCCACUCCCACUAAAAAAAUAAACACUAAAAAAAUAAACAUUUUUACUGGAGAUUAGACGUCACGCAUAAAAGCUCUAAGAUAACGCGCAUUGCAUGACGAAUGAACAAAUUUAAAGUUUGGGGUAAAAAAGAAGACAAAUAAAUACAUAACCUCAUGUUAAAUAUUUUUCAUUUCAUUCUUAACUGUCACAUUAUUUGAAAUCACAUGAGGUGUGUCUUUUUGUUAUAUGGCAAGAGCUAUGUUCAAUUUAGUUUAUAAUUAAAUAUUUCAUUGUGGUCUUUUUUUACAGGUUCUAGAAGUCCAGUUGUCAGGCCUGGCAUCUCAGUGCAGCAGAGCCAAGAGGGAGCUGGACCUACAGAAGAAGUCGUUUGUUCUGAGGAAGCAGUUUAAGGACAAGGCGCUGAAGAAGCUGACCAAAGUCCACCACGGCCAGGACUACCAUGAGUUUGAACAAGAGUACUACGGCUACACGUCCGACGGCGCAGACGACCAUCAAGACAGGGAUCACCCUUACAACUACAAAACGGGGUCAUUGCCCAACAUACGGGAGACAAACAAAACUGUCACGGGCAACUCUUAUACGGGUAAAAACAAACUUAGGAAAAGACGAGCGAGGCUGCUGAAGGACGGCGAACUCGAGCGACUGUCGAGGUCUUUAGAUUUGCCUAGACAGCAGGAAGAAGACAACGAAACAAAUUUGUUACCAUCUAUCGAUAUUUCUUUGCCAGUUUCUCUCACAGGAACUGGGUCCAAUGAUUUAGGUGCCGCUGAAGACUUUACCCCUCGUCGACGAGUGGGCUUCAGCUAUCAAAGAGGCCCUAAAGGAAUGACGCAGAUAUUCCACACCCUACCACGCUCUACUCAUAAUACCGCAGAACCUGUGAGCGAAAAACCAGAAUCAGCCACAGACGAUGUCAGCGCCAUCAGCAAUGGAGUUAAUCAUCUUGACGAAAUAAGCGCGGUCAAUGAGGCGAAUCAGCCGGAGAUUCUCGGGGUCGUUGCUGAGCAUGAAAAUACCGAAACUUUAGAAGUAGAGACUGCCCCGACUCACCCAGACGUGUUCGACUCGUCCAGACCGGCCAAAGAUCAGCCGUUUAAUGUGGAUCGGCCACUUUUAGACGUCAGAUUUGCGCUCCUUCAGAAGUCGUUAGUGCGACAAGAUCCGCCCAACGAAGGCUUUCUCGAACUGAGCCCCAGCUUCACAAGGCCGCCCCCUUUCAGGAGCGUGGGGCGCCGGCUGGUGCAGGAACAAACGAACAAAGGGGCGAUGGCAGACGAAGGGAGACGGAGCAACUAUUCAGUGGGGGUAACCCCAGCCCUGUCGGAUGGUUACCAGGACGACUCGGACCAUGACGAGGAAAAUGACGACUCCGAGAGUAGGGCCAACAGUGCUAUUAAACGGCUGGGUUCGUUUUAACUAAGAGUCGGGCCAACAGUGCUAUUAAACGUCUGGGUUCGUUUUAACUAAGAGUAGGGCCAACAGUGCUAUUAAACGGCUGAGUUCAUUUUAACAAAGAGUAGGGCCAACAGUGCUAUUAAACGACUGAGUUCGUUUUAACUAAGAGUAGGGCCAACAGUGCUAUUAAACGGCUGAGUUCGUUUUAACUAAGAGUAGGGCCAACAGUGCUAUUAAACGGCUGAGUUCGUUUUAACAAAGAGUAGAGCCAACAGUGCUAUUAAACGGCUGAGUUCGUUUUAACAAAGAGUAGGGCCAACAGUGCUAUUAAACGGCUGAGUUCGUUUCAACUAAGAGUAGGGCCAACAGUGCUAUUAAACGGCUGAGUUCGUUUUAACAAAGAGUAGGGCCAACAGUGCUAUU